AUGAAGCAGCAAGAAGAGUGUCAUGUUAUUGCCAGUGAAAAUUCUUGUACUGAUCUCCAUGCUGACGAUAGAGUCGUUGGUGGUCGAUUGAGAAGAAGCUGGAAUCAUUUCGUGAGGAGAAUCAGUGGUGGUAAGGAUGAUAAGCAGCUGACUGGCCUCGAGAACUUGUACUCUCCAGCUCUGCUCCUUCAACAACGUCGUCGUUUUAAUUCCAUUUCACGUAAUGAUGGUCGCGUGCACGAUGAUAAGGGCAACAGUGUCGAUUGUCCCGAUGAGGAAAAUGAUGGCCCUAGCGUUGACCGUGACCGUGUUGGUGGCAUGCACCCAGACACCACCCACUCCAACUUGCAAACAUGCGUCAGUGACAGUAAAAUCUCUGACCGAGGAGGAAACACUUACAAACAUCCUGCAACAGUGAUGGAAAGGUCUGGUUGCAUGGAGACCAUCUCAGGGACUGGUCAAAACGCACUGAGAUCAACUGCACCCAGUGACAAGCAUGUUUGUGUCAAUGUUCAACAUUCUGACCAUGACAAAUUGGCUUGUGAAUGUUUCUACGAGGAUGUUUCAAUAAACGCUACUAAAGGACGCAAUGGAGGUGAUGAUUUAAGCUUGGAGAAUUCUUGCGUACCAAAUAACAAUUUGCCAUCACGAAACUUACAUCUGAUGAAGCAAUACUUUGAAAACAACAGAAACUUCGGUGGGAGCAGCUACAAGAUUAAAUCCAAAUUAUACAGAAACGAGUGCAGAUUAGAAAUUCUAAACAACAACGCCCUGGCAACGAAGAUGAACAAUAACAUAGCUGCUGCAACAGGCAGAAAGUCAUGUGAUGAUCGUCAUAAUCGUUUCACCUAUGGAAAGGGCAACAACAAGGUAGAUGGCUUAAUGGGACAUUACAAAAUGUCCAGAUCACGGCUGUUGAGUAGUUCUAAUGAGGUGUCACAAAACAUAAUAACAGCCACAACAACAAUUGCAGCUACAACAUCAGACACCUGUUAUGAUUCAAUUCGUGAUUGCAACUGUAAGACAUCUCAAUCUCAUAACCACCACCAAUCAGUGAUGGCGUCAGUUGGAAAGAAGUUGACUCAUCUGAAAAGAUCACUGUCCUGGAAGCAGAAGUACCACACAAGGGAAUCCAAAGUUGAUGAUGUCACCGUUGAUGCAUUUUUUGAUCGUGGUCGACAGGUACAGCCAUCCAUCUGUUGGAUGGGUGACGGAGAUGAUGUGGAUAAGAACAAGGGAUAUAAUUAUCAGAAUGAUGAGGAAGAUGGAUGGAGUAACGACGAUGACGCUAUCCUUGGUAGCCAUGCUCGUGGUUGUGGUGAUGACCAUCCGGCCAGAAUCUUUCAUAGAAAUAUCCAUUCAUACCAUCGGCGAGAAGUGUCAGCCAACUUGACAAAUCAAUUUAGAAAGGCUUGCAGAAUUGAGCACAUUCCUAAAACAAAGGAAAAUUUGUUUCAACGCAUCGAUGUUCCAAUCAUUGGUCACCAAAACACUCAACACGGAAAUGAACACACGGCCAUCCAGGGUUGUUACUCCACCAAGAAAGGACUCAUAACUUAUUCCUACGUCCCUCCAUCAUCUUCGUCUUCCUCAUCGUCAUCGAAAUCGUUUAUUUCUAGUCAAAAAAAUGAUUUUUCUAAACGGCGUGAGGCAGAACGCAUUACAAACUUGUCUGUUCAAAAAACUUGA